UUGACAUUUGAGGUUAUGUUUGAAAUGAAAAUACUAAGUUUGCUGGUACAGAUUUUAUUGUUGUGAACUCAAUUACAAAGCUGAAAUAUUAAUAAUUGCUAGUUUACUACUUUGAAAGUCAAAAUGACAAGAUUUGCAAGAUCUAAGGGAUCUAAAGCUUCUAAUGAACGGUUACCCGAAGAAGCAACACCAUGGAGCGAAAUGAAAAAACAAUUAUCAGAUAAGAAUAAAGAAACAGAAGAAAACAAAAGCCGAAAAGAUGCGUUUGAGAAAAGAAAUGCAAACUACAAGGCCUUUUUGGAAGAAAAAGAGAAGGCUAGUAGCGAGAAUUCAAAUUGGGCUGAAUUUCCAGGCUCUGUGAAUUCCUCUAUGAAAGAGAAUAAAAAAAAGAAACACAGAAAAUCUCUGACUACAGAUAGUAGCCCUAAGCAGAAUAAUGACAAAAUAACUGAAAAACAGGGAAAUGAUAGUGAUGACGCACCAGAAGAGCAGAGUUCAAAGAAAGAAGUUGUAGAAGCAAUAGUUAAGAAAAAAAAAGGGAAACCAAAAAAGUUGUUAAAAAUAUUGGAACAAGAUAUCAACUCUAAAAAUAAUGCAAGUAAUAAUCAAAACGAUAAACCACCAAAAAAAAGAAAAUUAACUGAGGGUGGAGAAGGAAGUAGUAUAACAAAAAAAUUUAAGAAAAGCAUUGACCUGAAAAAAGUAGAUACUGUAAUAAAUGAAACAGAUGUAAAAAGUGAAAAAAAUCUUGAAGGUAAGGAACAGAAGAAAAAACUGGUGAAAGAAAAUCUUACUGAAGUUGAUUUAAGAAAAAUUGAGAAAAAGAAACAAAGGCGUCUUAAACAGGUAGCAAAGAGGAAGCUAGUUAAAGCAGAGUUGAAAAAACAGAAGGAACAGAAAAAGGCACUGGAGAAUAGUGAGUCAAAAACUGAUGAAACACAAACCGAAAUUUCAAUACCUAAAUCCUUUGACAAAUAUUUAAGUAAAAAUACUUUUCCAAAAAAACCUUUUGCUAAAUCAAACAAUGUUAAAGAAAAACAGAAAAAACCAAGAGACAAGGAAGACCAUCCUAGGAAAAAGCCAAUGUUACCACAUAAAAUGUUUAUAAAUGGUAAAGAAUUAGAAAUUGAUUAUGUUGAUGGAUUCCCUGUUAAAAAGGAAGACGCUUUGCGGUUAAAGAAAUUAAGACGAGAAAUGAUAAGUAAAGGAUUGCCAAGAAGUGAAAUUGACUUUGCCAUGAAACUUGAAAGAAGGAAAGCUGAAAAAGCGUUUACUAGAGAGAAGAAAAGGGUCUGCUUCCACUGCAGAAAGUCUGGACAUAAUCUCUCAGAAUGUCCCGAAGUUGACAAAAACGAAGUGGCUCAAACAACUGCAACUGGGAUUUGCUUUAAAUGUGGGUCCACAGAACACACACACUUCGAGUGCAAAGUUGUUCGUGGACAAGAAUUUAAAUAUGCUACUUGUUUUAUUUGCAAAGAACAAGGCCACAUCGCUAGGCAGUGUCCUGAUAAUGCAAGGGGUUUGUAUCCAAAAGGAGGUGCUUGCAAAGUCUGCGGGGAUGUGACACAUCUGAAAAAAGAUUGUCCAAAAUAUCAGGCCCAACAACAAAGGCAAGAGGAGAAUUUGAGGAUAGAGACUCUUGGAAACAGUAAUCCUGAUGUGUUGGAAGAAAAAUAUAAUGACAACGGACCCACGGGCAGUAAGAGACAUAAUAAAAUAAUAAAAUUCUAAAUCUGUUAUAAAUAUACAUAUAAGGUUU